CCGCCAUGGCAUUUCCCCACUAUGAAUCGAGUUGCUGCCCGCUCCAGACUCUUUGCUCUGCGUAUGGUCUGAAGAAUCCAGUCUGCCACAGUGGGCUGCGAUGAUCAUGGAUGAUCAAUGAUCGUUGGAAUGUGUGGACUCCAGCAGUGUGAUGGCGAUAGCGAUGGCGAAUGUUGAUGACGAAGAAGAAGGGCGGCGCGGCGGAGACUGUUUACAGUUUCCCCUCGUCAUUGACCCCAUCAUUGGCAUCAUGGGCAUCAUUGUUUUUCCAGAUGCCCUGAUCGAGGCUGCUCUCGCCAGACAGAUAGCCUUUUGGUGAUGAUGGAGGUCUGUUAUCUCCGAGUGUCACGCCGACAUGGUGGGCGGGCACCAGUGUCACAUGACUGAUGAGCAUAAUUCCUAGGUUAGGCUUAGUCCCGGAACUCCGUCCGCCUAUCUUUCUCCGCACUUGCUCCGCUUCCCUUUCGAGGGGCUGUGCUGUGCCAGGCAGGCAGCUAGGGGGAGGUUUCAGGUAGACGAUAGAUCAUCAGGUUAUCAAGUAUUGAAC